AAUAGAAUGGCCCCAAAAAAGAAUCGUUCCUGGGGAGGAUCAUCCUAUUUAUAAUGUAUUUAUCAAGAGGUGUUGAAGUCACUGAAGGAUUUGCCUGUCUUUGUUGAAAGCAUAUUGUGUUUUUUUAGCACAGUAAGCCUGGGGUAAAGCACAGUGAUAAGUACAAUUAUAGUUCUUACUAAGAAGAGAGAAUAAGUAAAUAUGUCGAAGGGUUCUGGGGAAAGUUCUGCAGAAGACCUGGCUAAGGUUUCUGAUGAGGAGCUAAUGAAGUGGAGUAAAGAGGAACUGAUUACCCGGCUCCGCAGGGCAGAGGCUGACAAGAUGAGUGCAAUGCUAGAUCACAGCAACCUGAUCCGGGAGGUGAAUAGGAGACUGCAGCUUCAUCUAGGGGAGAUCAGAGGGCUCAAGGAUGUAAAUCAGAAGUUGCAAGAAGAUAACCAGGAACUUCGAGAUCUGUGUUGCUUCUUGGAUGAUGACAGACAGAAGGGAAAACGAAUUUCAAGAGAGUGGCAGAGAUUAGGAAGAUAUACUUCAGGAAUCAUGCAAAAAGAAGUUACAUUAUAUUUGCAGAAACUAAAAGACCUUGAAGGAAGGCAAGACGAAAUGGUUAAAGAAAACUUGGAGUUGAAAGAGCUGUGUUUCAUAUUAGAUGAUGAAAAAAGUGGUGGGGCAGGAAGUCAGAGUUCAAUUGAUAGCCAAAUUAGCCUCUGCCAGUUAAAUACAACAGCCAGUACAUUGCUACGUGAUGUGGGUGAUGGGAGCAGCACAUCUAGUGCAGGGAGCACAGACAGCCCAGAUCAUCAUAAACCUAACCCUACCAAUAGUCCUGAACAAAUUCAUAAAAGCAGGGGUGAAGGAAGCCCUGAGCACCAGAAACAUGGAAGUGGCAGCCCGGAACAUCUCCAAAAGCCUAGGAUUUCUGCAAGCCCUGAUCACCAGAAACAUCUGAAAAGUGCAAGUCCAGAACAUCAUAAAAGCGUGGGUAAAAGUAGUCCUGAGCAGCAAAAGCAUACUUGUAGUAGUCCAGAAAAUCUCCAAAAACAGAUAUUAAGUAGUAGUCCUGAACAUUAUAAAAAGCAUAGGUCUGGUGGUAGUCCAGAAUACCAAAAGCUCAGCAGUGGCAGUCCAGAGCAUCUUCAAAAACAUACAUUAAGUGGAAACUCAGAACAUCUUCAGAAAGCAAGGGGCAAUAGUCCUGAGCAUCUCAGACAACAUUUUGGAGGUAGUCCAGAGCAUCUCAAACUUUUGAGUGGGAACAGCAGGGAAGGCACCUUAAGGAGACAAGUAGCAGAUGAAAUGUCAUCUCAUCACAGGAGUGUGUACAAUGGAAUGAAUGGUGGGUCAAAAAGCCUACUGAAAUGCCCAUGACCUUAACUAGAAGUAUCUGCAUGUGUAAAAAUGGAAAGAAAAAUAUCCUAUAUAUCAUGCACAUAGUAACCGGUGUGAUUUUAUUUUACAUGAGCACAUUUUUUUACUGUA